AUGGGGAAUCAACCGCAGUCUAAGAUCAUCGAGGAUAACCCUAUUGGGAAUGGCAUCGAUGCCUUUCGCGGUUCUUUCAGUUCGGUAUGCGAAAGGGCGCAUCUCUCCUGCAUUCCAGAUGCCCUAGACCAGCUUGAACAUGAAGAUGUGCAGGAUCUCGCGUCCAGUCUUCUAUCAGCGAUUCAAAUUCUUCCUGCCACCCGCCUCUUACCUUCGAAGACAGGUCGUGGCACCCUCCGAAGCGAUCUCCUAAGACUUGUUUCUACUGCCGCCUCUGCCGACUUUGACUUCGAUCGCGUCAAACCUCUCCUGAAAUCAGCCCUCGUCGAUGAACCAGACGAUGCCCUAAUCUGGGAUGAACUCUACAACGCCGUCACCGAAUCCACACCGCCUCCCCGACAGGUAGCUUCUUCCAUCCAACAGACUCCAUGGCUGCGCAAUACCAGCAGCUUCGCGAACUCGUCCGAGCAUCGCAAAUACGUGGACGAUGUGCUGAAGGAGGAGCUUGGCCCUAUGUAUGUUGGGCUCCGCAAUUUUCACAGCACAUACUUUGGGGGCGUGGCCGACCUUCAGACAGCGGCCCAGGCGUUCUUCGAGCAAUGCCUCGAAGGUAGUGAUCCACUCUUUGAGGACGGUUGGAAGGGAUGGCCCAGGGAUGCGAACCAGGAUGAUGUGCUGAGCUGGUUUGCCGACUUCAGCGACAAACUAGCGGCAUUCGCAGGCAGCCACGGGUCAAUCCCAACGCAUCGGCAUCGACGACGACCUCUUGCCCAGCCCAAUAAGCCAAUACAAGGUUCUACAGGAGAGCGCAAGUUGGACGUCGGUUUUGUCAAGGAUACGAGUGCUGGGAAAGACUCACGGUGCCACUGGUCGCAGAUCUUGGUGCCUGGAGAGCUGAAGAGCAACCCGUCCGCCGACAAGGCCUCGAUGGCGUGGCUUGAUCUGGGGAGGUACGCGAGGGAGGUGCUGGCUGCGCAGAACGACCGUCGCUUCGUUUUGGGCUUUACCAUCUGCGGGUCCCUCAUGAGGGUAUGGGCAUUUGACCGGCUCGGGGGCAUCGCAUCGGAGCAGUUCGACAUUAACAAAGAUGGGCGUCAGUUUGUGUCCACGAUCCUUGGCUUUCUCUGGAUGAACGAGGAGCAGCUAGGGUUCGACCCGACAAUCAUGACGGCAAACGAGGAGCGAUUCAUCGAGGUCGAUCGGAAUGGUUCGACCGAGCGGAUCAUCAUCGACGAGGUGAUGCAGCGGGCGCCUUGCAUAGCUGGUCGAGCGACGACAUGUUGGAAAGCCCAUCCCGAAGGACGGCCGGAGAUGCUGCUUGUGAUUAAGGAUUCGUGGCAAUAUCCGGAACGAGAUGAAGAAGGCGAACUACUACGUGAGGCGACUGACAAGGGUGUCGUUAACGUAGCCCGGUACUAUCACCACGAGACGGUACAGAUUGACGGGGCAGAUGAUGACAUCCGGAAUAAUGUUCGAAGAGGGCUGGAUAUUACGCAAGCUGCGAACUACCGUCCGGAACGACCAAUCCGGCGGAACAACGUCGUGUCUGGCACAUUGAGAGAGGGUCGCGGCAGCGCCAGUGCCAGCAGAAAGAGGUCAUCUAGCCAAGCUGGCGCUCCUCUUCCUUCUAGCAAGCGAUCUUGUUCCGUGUCUUCAACGAGGGCCGCUAGUUCAUUACCAAAUCGUGUACAUCGGCGUGUCAUUCUCCGAGACUACGGGAUGCCUAUCUACAAGGCGAGCUCCCGGUCGGCUCUGCUUGCUGCAUUCGAGUGCUGCAUCGAGGGACACGAGUCUUUGCACAAGGCAGGGUUGCUUCAUAGAGACAUCUCGAUCAACAAUCUUAUGAUCAACGAAGAUGAUGAUAACCCUUCGUGGCCUUCUUUCUUGAUUGACCUUGAUUUGGCCAUCAAAGAGUCGCGAGAGGCUGCCUCGGGAGCAAAGGGGAAGACUGGAACACGGGCUUUCAUGGCAAUCGGGGCGCUACUAGGUGAGCAGCAUUCUUUCAUGCAUGAUUUAGAGUCAUUCUUCUGGGUGCUAUUCUGGAUAUGCAUCCACUACGACGGGCAGGGCAAAGUGACUGGACCAACUGAAUUUGAAAGCUGGAAUUAUGAGAGUGACAACAAGCUGGUGCGAUCAAAGGUUGGUACCAUAGGCGAUGAAAAUAAGUCUCUCUCAAAGAUUAUUUCACAGGACGACGAUGUUGGUCAUCUCUUCACUAAGGAGGACUAUGCUGGUAUUAUGGACCUUUUUGUUGAGAAAGACUUACCAGACGAACCCGGAGCCGCGGGUGUAGUUGGAAUAUGGUGGCGGAGGUAUAGUGUAUCGAACGUUGAUGCAAUAAUCACAGGUCAAUCGGAUGGUAUUAAACUUCGCAAGUUGGCUGUGGAAGGUCACUGUCCGAUUGCAUGGAGUAUUCCGCGAAAAUGUGACCCUCGAUUACAUUUUCUCCCAUAUAGUGAUCGACAAGAGCCCGCAUAUAUGACAGGUCUCUUGUGCAACGAUCCACAUAUUAUUGGCUACUCCGCGUUAUGGGAAGGCAGGCUUACGGCGAUAUAUGCUCAUACAAGCGAGCAGAGCAUUGGCUUCAAGCCGGAAAGAACAGCAACAUGGAUUUUCUUGCCUAUCGACGUCGGCGAAACCAUCACUCAUAUUUUUGAGGGACGUGGGCAAAUCGAAAUGCAUAAUGCGUUGGGGGCAAGUCAAACUCAGUUUCUUGUCUCGCAUAUCUAA